AUGCGUUAUGUCUCGCCACAGAAACUUACGGAGAUUGAAUUCGGAUGUUCUUUAGCCAACCAGUUCUUUUAUGGUGCGGGUCACGCGGAUAAUGCUUUUGUGCCAGCCUUUACAAAAACUCCUCUCAAUGUAACGGAGGAAGAAUUUCCGGACCAAGAUGAGACGUUAGCUGCCGAUGGUGCACCGGUACGCAAUGAAAAUGAAGACGCCUCAAUGCUGGAGUUACAGUUUGACGACCUAAUCCUCGAAGGUGGAGCUGACCGAGUGGCUUCCCAAGGGUCGACUGCAGUGAAGCAACCGACAACCGCUCUUUCAGAACAGGCCCAAGUUUUGCCAACCCCCACUCCUCAACGUCCCCUUUCUGAAGUACUUCAUAAACCGGAUGAACCGAUGCCAAAAACACCCAGUGAACCAAAGAUGAAUCAGACCAACCACGCGACUCCCUCGAAACCUGUUGACAGAAAACUUCUAAUACAGGAAUACGAACAGAAGUACCAAAGUGGCACAGAAAAGGAAAUAAUAAAUCUCAUAGUAGUUGGUGAGCGUAAUACGUAUUACUUCUGA